AACUGGUUUCUGUCGCGAGAUCUGGCAAUGCGGAAAUUAAAGAAGGAGAUGGACAUCAGAAAUGCAGCAAAUUUAAAGUAUUUACCAAAGACAGGUAGAUUCUUCUCUCCUGUUAAUGUUGCCGAUUUUAAGUCAGCUUCCGUCAACGAGGACCACCCAGCCAGCCGGAACUUUUCUCCAGCACCGGAGCUAGCUUACCUCCAGAGCCCAGCAUCUUCAAACAGCGUCUCGGAUUCUGCUGUGAGGGCGAUCGUAAAGGGAACCGGUGAUGACGAGUCUCCAGUCACACCGCCACCUGGGCCGCUCGUCGAGUCCGGGAGCUGCACCUCAACGCCUCCACUGUCCAGGGACCCAGCGCUGUGGGGGGACAUUACGGAGCGGCUCCGCGAAGAGGCGAUUUCCAUGGGGCCUGCAGCUUUCCAGAACCGGUCCUCCUAUUAUCCCGCAUCUGGAAGGGAGUCCAGACUUGGGGGGCGUUGGACACGCCAUCUCACCAACGAUUUGUUUCAUUGCCAGCUCCCGAACAACCAAAUUGUGUCGAGGGAAUGGCUUCUUUACUCUCCAUCAACCGGAUCAGUUUAUUGCUAUGCCUGUAAACUCCUUUCAUCCCAGAAGCAUUCAUUUAUAAGCGGAUUUAGCGAUUGGAGACAUCCACAGAGGUUAAAUGAUCAUGAAAAGAGUCCGGACCAUAGACAAAACAUGCUGUCCAUAUUGCACAGGUCUAAAUAUGCGUGCAGACUGGACGCUUCUUUUGCCCGACAGCUUGAGUCAGAACAGCAGUACUGGGAGGAGGUCCUCACACGUGUAGGACUGCCGUUUGGAGGUGACAAUGAACUGCUGGACCCUGCUGACAAUGGGAACAGUUUGGGACUACUUACGGAGAAGCAUGGCAGUAAGGACAGAGAUUCAGGCUACGGUGGCUCACAAGGCUAUGGGUCCUAUGGAGGUCAGCAGGGUGGACAGGGUUAUGGACAAGGAAAUACUGGUGGCCCUUAUGGGGGACAGAAUUACAGUGGUUAUGGUCAGCAAGGUGCAGCUCAAGAAAACUUUGGCCAACCUCAGCAACAAAGCUACGGUGGUUAUGGACAAGAAACAUCUGGGUAUGGCGACAAACCGUCCUACAGUCAGCCAGGAACUGGUUCUUCCUAUGGUGGCCAGCCCCAAGGUGGGGACAGCUAUGGGCAGCAAGGAUCCUACGGUGGCCAGGGUGGAGGUGGCUAUGGUGGUGGUGGUGGUGGUGGCCAGGGCAGCGGUAGCUAUGGUGGAAGCCAGUCCCAAGGAGGUGGUACCUAUGGACAACAAGGAUCAUACGGUGGACAGAGCAGCAGUGGAUAUGGYGCCGGGCAAGGGCAAGGUGGGGGCAGUGCUGGUGGUGGCAGCAGCAGCGGCGGCGGUGGCAGUGGCUAUGGGAGAUGGAGUGAAGAACCAGGUGAAGGUGGUGGUGGUCAGGGUGGCCGGUUUGGGCGUGACAAUGGAGACCGUUCAGAAGGAGGGGGUUUCAGAGGUCGUGGCCGUGGUGGAGGUGGCUAUGAUCGUGGCGGUUUCGACCGCAGCGGUGGAUAUGACCGAGGUGGUUAUGACCGUGGUAGCAGAGGUGGACCUCCUGGUAUGGGAGGUGGUGACCGUGGUGGCUACAAAAAUUUUGGUGGCUCUCGAGACUACGGCUCAAGGGAUGACUCAGGUGGAGAGCAGGACAACUCGGACAACAACACCAUUUUUGUUCAAGGACUUGGAGAAGAUGCCACAGUUCAGGAAGUUGGAGACUACUUUAAGCAAAUUGGCAUUAUCAAGGUCAAUAAGAAAACCGGCCAGCCUAUGAUCAAUAUUUACUCUGACAAAGCCACCGGCCGACCAAAAGGAGAAGCUACUGUAUCGUUUGAUGAUCCUCCCUCAGCUAAGGCUGCUAUUGACUGGUUUGAUGGGAAGGAAUUCAAUGGCAAACCCAUCAAAGUCUCGUUUGCCACCCGCAGAGCUGAGUUCACACAGAGGGGAGGCUUCAGAGGGGGACGAGGAGGUUUCAGAGGCCGAGGUGGUGGAGGCGGCGGCGGAGGAGGACCCAACUUUGACGUUAAGGGAGGGGACUGGCCCUGCCCAAACAGCUCUUGCGGCAACAUGAAUUUUGCAAGACGGCAGGAGUGCAACAAGUGUGGUGCACCUAAACCAGGAGACUCAGGAUUUGGAGGUGGCAGUGAUCGAGGAGGCAGAGGUGGAUUUGGCGGCGAUCGAGGUGGUGGUUUCAGAGGCCGUGGAGGUUUCCGUGGUGGAGAUCGCGGUGGCUAUGGAGGUGGCGGCGGCGGCAGUGGUGGUGGAGGAUUUGGUGGUGGUGGUGGCUACAAAAUGGGAGGAAGGGGUGAGCGCAGAGACGACAGAAGAGAUCGGCCAUAUUAAACCUCGAGCCAAGACGAACCAUUCCAGCCCUGGAGUUCGCUGUGUGGGGGGGUUAGGGUUAUCUUUAGAAAGCAAAAGAGGGAGAGAGAUGUUUGAAACAUUACAUGUCUGCUUCUGUAGUUUGUUCAUCUUGAGUAUUAUUGUUUGUUUGUGAGCGAGGGAUUCAUUGAGCUAAUGUGAAGGGGCUGAUGGGCACUGUUGACAUGUCAGACUUUAGUUUUUCCUCUUCCUUUCUGUGUACAUUUUAAUUUUUUUCUUUCUGAAACUAGAUUCAGGUGGUUUGAGGUAGACAUUGAUUGACCCAUUGUUUUGUAUAAAUGGAAUAAAACAUUUUACUUA